UAGUGGAUGGUCCGACACCUAAUUCCGCCGCUUCAGAAGCUUCAGCUCCAGCCACAAUCUGAUGCAGUAUGUGGGCUGCUACUGCCGCAAGCUGAGCGACACCCAUUAUCUCACCCUUUCACGUUGAUCCAUGAACCUAGCUCGACAUUCUAUCACUGCGACAAACCCUAUUCAGAUCUUUGACACCCGAUUUGAAGCAGAUUGUCAGAUAUUUACUACGACAACACCUGCAGGGUUCGCAGUGUACCAGACCCGGCCGCUGAAGCUUAUUCGCAAGAGAGAAUUUAAUGGGGGAACCCUCGCUGCCGUAGUUCCGUGCCACACAUCAUCUCUGCUCUUUCUCCUCGGAGGCGGCCGCAGUCCACUUUAUCCUCCGAAUAAGGUCGUCGUAUGGGAUGACGUGGCUGGAGAAGAAGUAGCUGAACUAGAGUUCAGGGAGAGGGUCAGAGGUCUUGCCUGUAGACGUGGAUGGCUUGCAGUGUCGUUUCGGAGAAGAGUUGUAGUAUUUGAGGUCGGGGAGACCAUCGUUCGGCGGCACGAAUUUGAUACCUGCGAUAACCCUCGAGGCUUACUUGCGAUAGCUACUGGGGCGUAUGCGACCCUUCUGGCAUUCCCUGGUCGACAGAUAGGGCAUGUACAGUUGGUACAUCUAUCACCUUGUAUUCCACCCACGCCAGUUGGACCCCCGUCUUCUAUCCCACCCGCUCGACCACCACCUCCACCAUCGAAGCAUCCAGUCUCCAUCAUUGCUGCACACGACUCCACAUUGAAUACUAUCACCGUUCCUCAAUCAGGAAAGCUGCUGCGCGUAUUUAGAAGGGGAUCAGAUAAGGCCGAAAUUUAUGGGGUUGCAUUUCGCCCUGAUGAGAAGGAAGUAUGUGUUUGGAGCGAUAAGGGCACUGUGCAUGUCUUCUCUCUUAUAACUUCUGGCCCCUCUAAUCGACAGUCUUCUUUGUCGCCGCUCGCCUCACUCAUUCCGUACUUUGAUUCCGAAUGGUCAUACGCUCAGUAUCGGAUUCCUGCGCAAGCCUCUCACAUAUCUAUAUCUUCCUCAUCGUCCACUCGUUCUCCCACGGCCGACGUUACCGACGAGGAGAAGUGCAUGGUCGGCUGGAUCCAAACACCGUCCGAUCGUAGUGAACCUGGUCGUGAUCCAUCCAUGGAGUAUCAACUUAUAGCGCUCACAUAUAGUGGAGGCUGGUAUCGACUAUCAUUGCCACAGGGGGUGUCCAAUAGCUCUUCGCUUUCUGCGGCUGGGACCCCGCUAUCCAGUUCCCCGCCCAGGGUAUCUUCGCAACCCCGUCCGCGCACGUCCAGCGUGUCAUCUACUACUAGUCGUACUGAGAAGGGAAAGGAAAGGGAGCGUGACAGAGACCGCAAGGAUAAUCGAGAACUAGUCCUGCAAGAGUAUAGGAAGUAUGGUAGGUGGGAUGGUUGGGGCUAGAUUGAUGUAUGUGCUAUCUUGCAAUUUCGGAUCACGCACUGCUCGUUUCCGUUUAUAAUCAUCCAGACUCUCGUAGUAUUUCAUAGUACAUAUCAUGAUCUUAUUUUUGCUGUACAUCAAUGUUACCGGCCUUUUCAAGCUUCGAAG